ACUCCCAACCUUCUUCCCAUUCGCAAAGCCUGCUCGAAAUCACAAGCCACAUACAGGAAUACUCUCCAAGCCAGCUCAACACGACUGGCCACCCAAAAGAGUGCUACCAAAAUCAGACAGCAGCGGACCAUCAGAACCAGCUCGACGCCCACAACCACCCAAAAGAAAGCCACCAGGAUUAGACAGAAGAGUGCCAUCAAAGCAACUCAGAACAUUUCCAUCAAAACUAGUCAGAAAAUUUCCAUCAUUACCAGCUCCCCACCGCCGGCCACCCAAAAGACGGCUUCCAAAACCACCUCGAUACUCCAGGCCGCACAGAACCCGGUCCUCAAAUCCAGCUGAACGCCAGUUCCUACCUAGAAUAGCGUAUUUCUUCAUGCGCAGAAAGAUCCUAGGCAUCAGUAAAACAGCGCACCGACAGAUAAUGCAACAUCACAAACCCGUUGCCAAUUCGAUCGGCAUCAAAACAUCCUUCUUCUUCCAAUUCAUCACUACUCCGACCUCAGACACUCCGGGCACCGCCAUUCUAGUCCAUUUUGACAAUAAAAGAUACAUCUUCGGUGAGGUCGUCGAAGGCACACAAAGAGCAACUAUUCAGCUGGGUAUUUCUCUGAAGAAAGUGCGUGGCCUGUUCCUCACAGGCAAAACAGCAUGGAGCAAUGGUGGACUCCUUGGCCUUAUCCUAAGUCUUUCUGAAAUACAGAAAGAGGAUAUCGAAGCAAAGGACAUUGACCAGCGACCUAGGAUGGACGUCUAUGGCGGCCCGAAGCAAUUACACAGUCUUGCAUGUGCGAGGAGGUUCAUUUUCCGUACCGGCAUGCCUCUGUCUGUCCACGAGGCCACCCCGGGCCCUACGAGCCAGGAGCCGGAUUUCGAGGAUGAAAACAUCCGGGUCUGGGCAAUAGCUACUAAACUGACGUUGCCAGGAUCUACAGAAAAGCCUUCCUUUGACGACUCUGAUUUCUCCGACGAGGAGAGUGAGCGGCUGCUAAACUAUGAUGCCAAUGAUGGCCAAGCGCAUCUUGAACAGGGCCUGCGAAGAGACGUUGUCAACAACAUGUUCGAUUCUAAAUGGCGUACCAACGAAGUGGUGCGACUGAAAUUGGGUGAGGUCAAUCUCCCAGCUCGUGUCUGGGUCAAAGACUCCGAGACAAAGCAACUCACAUCGCGCGCAAUCCUCAGCCUGGACAACAUCGCUCCCCUGACUCUUGAGACCGAAGUCCUGGUCAGAAAACCCUGGCCUGCGUCUAUAGUUGAAAAUCUCCCUCCGCCUGCAAAUCUUCCUCACCACGUUUCUAUGUCGUACAUCGUAAAGGGCCACCCACAGCGCGGCAAAUUCGAUCCCACCAAAGCCAAAGCCCUAGGCCUUCGUCCUGGGCCUGUCUUUGCAAAACUGGCCGCCGGCGAGUCUGUUCAGUCUGACACUGGUGUCACUGUUACGCCAGAGAUGGUAAUGGGCCCGACCACACCCAGCAAGGGCCUGGCCAUCUUUGACCUCCCCUCGUCUGCUUAUCUUCCCGAACUUGAGCGGCAGAUUGACGAGCAUCCCUCUCUUCUCGAUGGCGUUGAAACCUGUGUCUGGAUCUUUGAUGAUAAUUUGGUUGGUACUGAAAGAUUUCGACGCCUCCUGUCAAGAUUGAACGAGGUGCGGCAUGUAUUUUCCCACCCUCACCUUUGCAAAGACCACAUAGUACAUCAGUCUAGUGCCAUGUCUAUGCAACGGUUGUCCAAGAUUGCUCCAGGCUAUUUCUCCACUCCUCGCUUCAACAGGGAGACUGGAUAUACAACAUCACGACAUUAUGAUCCCAUGUUGGCCAAUUAUGUGGGAGAAUCAUUUGAGCGCGGCUCUCAGGCCACUGUCGCCAAGCGAGGAAGGAAGAUGUACAUUGAGCCCGCUUUCAGAGUGGAUGAUCAAGAGGUGCCUCCCAACUUUGAUCCUCAACAAGAAACAGCGAAUCUUGAUCAGCAUGUUGUGGAUCUGUUGCCCAAAGACGUUGUGGAUCAAUCACCAGAAAUCGCACAUGUCCACCAAGCUGGUCUUACUGAGCCAGAAAUAAUUACAUUAGGAACAGGUUCUUCUUUACCAUCCAAGUACAGAAAUGUUUCCGCUGUCAUGCUUCGAAUGCCUGCCGAUAUGGGAAACUAUCUCUUCGAUUGUGGAGAAGGUACUCUAGGCCAGCUGCGUCGAAUGUUCGAUGGACAUCAACUUGACCAGAUCUUGUGUGAUCUCAAAGCGAUUUGGAUCUCGCAUCUUCACGCAGACCACCAUCUCGGCCUUGCGAUGCUUCUCAGAGCUGCCGAUUUAGCUCGCAAAAGAAGGGCCCGAGCAACACACAAACUCAUUUUACCUCCCCCGAUGCUCAUUUCCGACUCCAAAAUUAUCAUGUACAUGGAUGAAUAUAGCGAUAUACUCGGCCGGAAACCAGGUCAACUUUAUGAGCCUGUGAUAUGCAAUGGGCACCGUGCUCCCCGUUUGUAUGGGAAAAUUUGUGAUUUUAAGAAGAAUGGGGUCCCGAUCCGGCUCCUUGAGACAGUACGGGUUUUACACUGUUAUGGCGCGCUAGCAGUUUCUGUCACGUUCGACAACAACUUCAAGUUCUCAUACAGUGGAGACUGUCGACCUAGCGACCAUUUCUGCGAGAUUGGACAGAAUUCAGACGUACUGGUGCACGAGGCCACAUUUGACGAUGAGAUGCAACAAGAUGCAAAGGCCAAAAAACAUUCGACAACCGGCGAAGCUUUGGGAGUUGCCAUCAAAAUGAAAGCCAAGAACCUCAUUCUCACCCAUUUUAGCCAGAGAUAUCAGAAAAUCCCGGUCCUGAGUAAUGUUAAGAUGCCGUCGACGGAUCCGGGGGAGCUACCCAUCGACCUCGAUGACGAAGAGCAGGUAGGUGGACUCGACUCUAUAGAGACGGAGCCCUCGAAAUCCAUGCGUCCGUCCUCGUCGUCGUCGUCGUCGCCGUCGGACAUGGCGAAGCAGCCCAUGGAUACGAAUACAUCGGUCGCCGAUAAAUUGCCCAUCGCCAUCGCCUUUGAUCUGAUGCGGAUAAGGGUAUCGCAGAUUGCACCGAUGAAGAAGUACUUUCCCGCCAUCUCGCGCAUGUUCAGUCUCCUCGAAGAAAAAUCCGAGCAAGAGAGACAAGAGCGGGCGGCCACGGAUCAUCCAAAAAAGCCACCAAAAGAGGAAGCGAAAAACCCCAACCCCUCGGGAGGCAAAAAACAGCUUGCUAAGCGGGAAAAGGACCCUAAGUCGCAACAAGCGAAUGCUACUACCAAGAGAAAACAGAAGAAGACUGUUGUUACAGACUCAGCCAAAGAGUCUCAAACCGGUGAUCUCGCAAAGCCCAUGUCCCCGAAGAAGAAGAGAAGUGAGAGUGGAUCGCCAGUGCCCGCGAUUUCAGCUGAUGGUGGGACAGAUCAAACGCUGGGUUCGCCUCCUCCCAGCCCCUCCGGCAAGAAGCGAAAGGUCAGCAAAGAUGAAAGCGCAACGUAGCCCAACAGAAGAACAAGUAGUUGUCCAAUGAUUGAAACACGGCCAUGCCUCGAUAUAGCUUGAGAUCCUCGCAUGGGCUGUUGAAAAAAAGGGGCUUGUUCCAGUAUAAGAGCUGGCGAAGAGGCCGGUGUGAUGACACCAUCACUAUCUACCGUGACGCGUAUACUUCAUUCAUUCCAUACGACAAUGGAAACUUCAAGAAUCAUUCCACGCCUGAAUUAAGGGCGCUUAACAACACUUUACACUUUUGGUGGGUUUUCUCAUUCGA